AUUUGCUGGCCCAGGGGUUGGCGUAUUUUCAACGGGGUGAGGAACCCAGAAGAUCUUGUUUAGUACGUUGAUCAAUUCAAGGAUUCACGUAUAGUUGAUGUUCCCAUCACCACUUUCAAGUUUUGAUAUCCCAUUUGUUCAUCAGUUUUGGAGGGCGUUUGGCUAGUAACACCGUUCGUACUACUACAACUUACUACAAGUUUGCGCUCAUCAUCUGAUGUUAUUUACCACCAGUACGUUUAAUACUAAACUGACUUGAAGUUUUAACUUAUAAAUCAAACUUUACUGUUUUAUAGUUUUCCUACUUUUGACUCUACUUGACAACAAACUGAGCAAACAAGCAGUUAAAACAGUUAAUAAACCAAUCGUCCGCCCAAGCGUAAGUACUUGAUUUCAUUAUUAGUAAGAUAUUGGAUGAUUGAACUCUUUAUUAAUUAUUGUUCCUCUUUCUUGAUGUGGUAUUUCAAGCAAGAACUCACCUAACCAGGAAGACAAUACGUGACCCUUAAUCUCAUUGGUGUUCACCUUCAAAUAACUAAUUUAUUAUAUUAGUGUGGGUGAAAACUGGACGAAAGUUAGAAUUUGAGAAGAAGUUGUCAUUAUCUUAUCAAAUAUUUAAUACAUCAUCUCCAAUGGAAAGGUUUACUUUGACGGCGUCAAACACCUUCAGUUCCAGGAAAAGCUUCCCGUGUAGACUUUCAAAGUUCCACUCGAACUCUGUCUUAAAUUGUAUAAACUGAUUUAGAAGAAUCUGAAAGAAAGUGAAAUUAAAGGCAAACAAAUCCGAACCCAUCCACAAGACAAAUUGGAUUAUUAGACGGUUUGAAGCUAUUUAAAGAAACAUGAAGCUGCUGGAAAGUGGAAGGCUGGAAGCCCUUUCUUCACUGCUAAGCAAUUUGGAGGUUGGAGAGUGGAGAAUUACUGGACGGGUUGAAUCAUAUUCUUGCAAGGUUGCUGGAAAUGAACAAAAAACAAUGUACAAGAAAAUGUCCAAAGAUGGUGGGGGGUCCGACAUUGUAGCACUGUCGCCUCCGAUAGACACGAAUUUCCUCUCCAAGUCGCUAGACUCGGAGCCAGAAAUAUUCACUCCUGAGAAUUUGGAAAUGUUUGUAAUCUCAAGGAAAAUGCUGUUCAAUCUCAUCACCACAUUGAACCUCUCUUUCUUUCCCGACUAUGACUUUAGUGACGCUAAAAGUCAUGAGUUCUCUAGAUCGCCUAGUUUGGCCCACGUUUGGGCAGAGAUUGAUUCUAGAUUGGGACAGUGUCACCUUUUCGGGAGAGGAAUUCGGAGCCGAUUGUGGGAAGAGAUUGAUGUUGAAAUUGGUGGCUUGAGAAACUCUGAGAUCUACAUGUACAAACCUGACCUGAUAUCUGAUCCAUUCUCAGAAGCUGGAUGUGUCUGGUCCUUCAACUUUUUCUUCUACAAUGCUAAAAUGAAACGAAUCCUAUUUCUUAAUUGCAGAGCCAUGAACCCAAACGCAUCCGCCUCGGAAGAGUCCGAAUUUUCUAUCGAUGAGGAUUAGUUGCAAUUGACGAAUAGGAUGAUGUUAUUGAAUAACAAUUCCAAUGAUAGAUGGUUUAAUUAAUUAAUUAAUUAAUUUGGCUUCUUUGAGUCAUUAUUAACCAAAUAGAAUCAGACGACUACAUCUCAUUAUAAUAUUUUACCUUAAUUAUAGCUUUAUUAAUACAAAGGUUAUUUUUGAUGUAUUUAUUGAAAAUUAAUGCUAUUACUUAAGUAAGUCCCGAUGUUUGUGGUUAUUUUUGUUUAGACAUUCUCGAAUUUUCUUUCGUUCUAAUUAACUUUUGUUGUUGAAAACCAUAAUUAUUUGUGAUAAGUGGCUGCUUUCGUGAAUGAACUACAAGGCUUGAUAAAUGUUUCAUAGUAAAUUACCUGCUAUACAUUCACGUAAGCAAAGAGGUCUCUAGGUUCGAUAUAGUAGAUUAUUAUUAUUAUUAUUUGGUUAUGUUUGGGUCUGAACUGAUUGAAAUGCGUACCUUAUAUAUGUUAAUGUAGAAUUGUUGUAACGCCAGUAAUCUCUUUAAUUUUAAUGAUGGACUACAUUAAUUAAUAACAGUAACACUUUUCGCACAUGUUAAAAAAUAAUCGAUACGUCAUUAUGUUUGUCCAGUAUUUGCAAAGUCAGUCCAAAGUUGAAGGUAGUCGUCGUUGAUAAAUAUGUAGUAGAUAAAUUAGUUUAGUUUGGAGGAGGAGGUUUCGUCCUUGCAAUCCUUCUUGCAAUAUCCCACCAAAUCAACAAAGCUGUGAAGUCUAUUACAAAAGAAAUGCAAUUAUAUAAAUGUUUUGGACCUUUAAAAAUAUAUACAAAUUGUAGACAUAUGUAUUGCAAUGUCACAGACUGUGACUCACAGUACAACAUUUUUAGAGUGAGAAUGACAACUAAAGAUCAAAACGAGUGAGGUUAAAAUGUUAUUAUAUCAAUUUACUAUCAAUUUACCUUCUAGUCUAUCCAUUAAUUAUUGCUUUAUAUAUAUACAUAUAUUUGGGGUUUAUGAUUUUUGACUAAACGAAGCCAGUAGUUAACUACGGGUUUCUUUUGAAGAGUUAUAAUACCAAUUAUAUAAAUACAUAGUUAUUGUUAUAUCGAUAAAUAUUAAUGUGAUUCUAUACCCACGACAAAGCUUAAUUUACUUUCAUUCACAUUGACUUACAUGUAAAGAAUAUUACGUUAAAAGAUAUAGAUGAACUCGGUGAUGAUGUAAAUAUUUUAUCUCAUUAUUACUAUUGUCUUUACAAAGUAAAUAACUCUAAUGACACACACA